AUGGCGUCGGGGCUUCAUGUCUGUCAAUAUCUAUUUUAUCUAUCUAUCUGUCCCAGUUUUUUCAUAUCUAUCUGUCUUUAUCAGUUUUUUUUACAUCUAUCUAUCUAUCUGUCUCAGUUUUUCAUAUGUAUGAGAUACAUAGAUAUCUAUCUCAGUUCAUAUCAAGUUAGCAGCCUAUUUGUUCAUUAUCUAUCUAUAUGUCUGUUUGUCUGUAUAUCUACGUCAUUCUGUUCGUAUCUAUCUAUCUAUCUCACUCUGUUCAUACCUAUCUAUCUAUCUAUCUAUCUAUCUAUCUAUCUCAAUUGUUCGUAUCUAUCUGUCUAUCAGAUAGAUAGAUCUCUCUAUUUAAGUUCAAAUGAAGCUAGCUGCCUAUCUGUGUAUCUAUCUGUCUGUCUAUCUAUCUACGUCAUUCUGUUCGUAUCUAUCGAUCUCAUUCUGUUAGUACCUAUCUAUCUAUCUAUCUAUCUAUCUAUCUAUUGCUGCCUGUUUGUUCAUAUCUAUCUAUCUAUCUAUCUAUCUAUCUACGUCACUCUUUUCGUGUCUAUCUCAUUCUUCUCGUACCUAUCUAUCCAUCUAUGUAUCUAUCAGAUAGAUAGAUCUAUGUCUAUCUAUCUACGCUAUUCUGUUCGUAUAUGUCUCAUUCUGUUCGUACCUAUUUAUCUAUCUAUCUCUCUACGUCACUCUUUUCGUAUCUAUCUCAUUCUGUUCGUACCUAUCUAUCUAUCUAUCUCUCUACGUCACUCUUUUCGUAUCUAUCUCAUUCUUUUCGUACCUAUCUAUCUAUCUAUCUGCGCUUGUUCAUAUGUAUUAGUCUUUCUUGGUCUAUACAUAUCUUCACUAAAAGCUCCAUUACUUUCUCUGUGUCCUAAAAUUCCUAAUACAAUUUUUUUUUUCAUUGGAUCUAUCUAUCUAUCUAUCUAUCUAUCUAUCUAUCUAUCUAUCUCAGUCUGUUGCUAUCUAUCUAUCUAUCUAUCUCAGUUUGGUUGUAUUUAUCUGUCCAAGUCGGUUCGUAUCUAUCUAUCUAUCUAUCUAUCUAUCUCAUUCUUUUCAUUUUCUAUCUAUCUAUCUAUCUAUCUCAGUCUGUUGCUAUCUAUCUCAGUCUUUUCGUAUCUAUCUCUCUGGCUUACGGCCACAUCACGUUGA